AUGUCUGGCCUUGAGGCUGUCGCCGCCAUUGUCAUCCAAGUUGCAGACCUGGGCGCCAAAUUAUCCGUCAAAUUAUUUUCCUUCUACCAGAGGGUCAAGAACGCCAAUCUCGGGCUCGUCAGCGCCAUUUUAAGCGAGCUAUGGGAUAAUCUGAAAGAGGAGGCAUCGAAGCUGUGUUCGAAGGAGGCUUUUCGCACUUUGCAUGUUGUUCUCGAUCAGCCUUGGGAUGUACUUCGACAAAUUCAGAGUGUCAUUGAUGAUAAUGACCAACGGGGCAAAGGUCGAUUUCAGCAGGUCGCGGGCAAACUUCGGAUAGCAUAUCAUGAGUCUAGUGUCGAUCAACUGAAGAAGAGCUUGGAGAGGUUGAAGGCUACGAUGUUACUUCUACUUAAUGUGAUCACGUAUGCGGGUCAGAUUCGAAGCAAAAAAGUCCCGACUCUAGUCCAGGAGCAGCGUGAUUUGAUCCAAAUCCUCUUACAAGAGCAAAGUAUUGACGACGAAAAGCCGCCAGAGUCAGAUGUGACGGUGGAAUCCGAGCGAGAUUUCCCGCCACAGCCAUCCCAGAUGGAUUUCAGUCCAACUAGUACCAAUUUCCUCCCUGGUCAGAAGGGCAUCCCGCAUUAUCAUAAGCCAACAGGAAAGAAUCGUCCUCGCCCUCCCGGUGAGAUGGUGAAGCCGGCAAUAAAACCCCCGAACAAAACAAGCCAAGGACCUCAAAGAGCGACAGAAUCCACCGACCUCACGGAAUAUAAUCUACUUUGA